GGGAGGGAGCUCGCUGGAGGAAGGUCACCAUAGCCGUGCUCUGUCUCAACCCCGCGUGCUUUGCUCGCUCUGCCGCUGGAGUUGUGGUUUUUUUCGCUCGUGCGGGGUAGUUGCAUCGAUACCCUUAUCUUCUCCUCUCUCUUUUGCUGUCUUUCUCUCCUAAUCUGACCUCCUCUCGCCUUUUUUCUGGUCGGAAACGUCACCGCUGGGGUCUGAGUUUAAUCCUCUUUGGCGGAGUUUGAGUUUGUCCUGCGCUUUGGCCUCGGUUUGGGCUGCACGCUGCCGUGGUUACUGCAUUUCUUUUCUUUUUCCCUUCAUGGUUGUACAUCAACAGCGAACUGUCGUGGAUGUGUCUCGUACGGUUUGCAGCGUGGAGAAUCGUAGUGGCGUUUCGGGAGUCGGAGAGGGAGGCCUAGAGGAAGAGAGAGGUGCCUUGCGCAGUUGUUGCGGACAGCGCAGUAUCCUAGCGGAGUUAAGAGUGCUGCCUUAGACAUGGCCUCGCCGGCUGCUGCGGCGAAGUUGCGAGAGUUGCAAUCGCAGCCUGGGAACAAGGUGUGCGUGGACUGUUCCCAGAGAAAUCCACAAUGGGCGUCGGUUUCCUACGGUAUCUUCAUGUGCUUAGAGUGUUCCGGGAAGCAUCGAGGUCUCGGCGUGCACAUUAGCUUUGUCCGAUCCGUUUCCAUGGACUCGUGGUCGGAGAUCCAGCUGAAGAAGAUGCAGGCAGGAGGUAAUGCUGCCCUGAAUAGCUUUUUGGCAGAGUACGGGAUCGCAAAGGAAACGGACAUUGUGGCGAAGUACAACUCGAGAGCUGCAAGCAUUUACCGAGAGAAGAUUCAGGCCCUAGCGGAAGGUCGGUCGUGGAAUGCUCCGCCUGUGUCAAGGGAGAGUUCCGGCCUUACCUCGAGUAUCCCGAAGACCCAAGGGUGCACCAGAGCAUCUCCUGACUGGGAUGAUUGGGACGCCUCUGAAGUGAAGAUGGAUGCCAGGAGUAACUCACGAGAGCUGCCACGACGAGGGUCAGAUGGCUCCAUAUCGGGUUCAGGCGGUCACGGUCCCGUGCGCUCUCACAGUUCUGGGGAUAUUUAUAGCAAAUCACAGCUCGAGGCUUCGGCUGCUGGGAAAGACGCAUUUUUUGCUAGGAAGCAGAUGGAGAAUGCCUCUCGCCCGGACAAUCUGCCUCCGUCACAGGGUGGCAAGUAUGUGGGAUUUGGGUCUGGAGGUGGACGGCCUCCUCCAGCCAGGGGUCCACCUGCGGGAGGAGAUGUGUUGAACGAGACAGUGUCGGUAUUGACCCAGGGUUUUGGCCGUUUAUCAGCAGUAGCAGCAGUAGCUGCCCAGAAUGCGGCUUCUGUUCUGCAAGCAAGCACUAGUGACAUUCAAGCUAAGGUAAGGGAAGGUGGGUACGACCAGAAGGUAAAUGAGACCGUCUCUGUGGUGGCAGCCAAGGGCACAGAAGUGGGCCACAAGGCAUGGGGCUUCAUGCGUGGGGUCAUGGCAAUGGCAUCUCAACAAGUAGAGGCAUAUACUAAAGAUGGAGUGAGCGGAUCCUCCUCACAGCAUGGCUCGAGUUAUGGUUCCACUCAGAGGUAUGGUUCUCUUAAUUCCAGUAACACUGGUUACCAGGAGUUGAACGGUAACCAUUCUUGGGAUGCUCCGGCCAAGUCCAACGACGAUUGGCAAGACUGGAAUACCACGACGAAGGUUUCGAGAACAGAGUAUGACGAGGAAGAUUGGAACGCCAAGAAGGAGCCAGACUCCAGGGCCCAAACUAACACGAACAAGGAGGCUUCAGCUGGUUGGGCUGGGUGGGAUGAUCACGAUGAUGAUGGUCACGACAAUGGAACUAAAUCCCGUCAGAAGGCAGAGGAUGGAUGGGGUGAUGACUCUUGGGAUGCUGGUUUCAAGUAAGGUAGUGUUAGUAGGUGAUCAGUACAAUACCUUGGACAUCUGAUGCACACUUUUUUGGUUACUUUCCUGGGGUUUGCCUGGAUACGAUUCAGUCUAUAUUAAAGCUGAAGGUAUAUGCUUAGUUAGAGCUAUACAGCUGCAUAUAGUUUCUGGAAUAGAUUCGCAGAGGUUGCAAUCUCUUUGCAUGAUAGUUUGGGGCACAUUGCUCCCAUAGCAUUCAAGCCUUCAUUUAUUCCCUCUGCAAUUUUAAAAGUGAUGAAUAGUUGCGACUUCUCUAGUAAUAUGUGAACACGUUCUGUUUUGGAAGCUUACGAAACCUGCUUUCUGGUGUCAAACAGAAGUCUGUAUUUGGUCACUGAAACUGUAUCACAUGACCCUAAUCGUAGUGUGUACUUUUGUCCUGAAAUCAUGAAUCAAAGCGGCUGUUGGUUCUCGAAAA